AUGAACAUAGAUAGAGUGGCACAUAGUGAUCUCUCAUCGGCAUUCCCGCUCAUGAAAUCGAUCGAACCUACGAUCGUCCUGCGGCUAACUAUAGAAAAACAUUACUUAGGAUAUGUUCUCAACGCGGGGGUUGUUGUCGAAGGACUAUUUUUAGACAUCAGUGGGGGAAGCCUGGCCUGCUAUACUCUACAACGUGAAAUAAGAUAUCCAGAUGAAUCUCAACAAGAUGAAAAAUAUAGACAGGAACUAAAGACCUUAAAACUAUGGAGGACUUUAAACGACGUUAGUAACCAUAUGAUAAGAUUUAUUUUUACUCCGGCGAUUAUUGCAGCAUGGUUACGUGGUGCUUCGUUGAAACGAAAGAUUAAAAUGAUAGAAUAUAGGCACAGUCUUCAUCCUGUCAUUGAAAAUCGCGUUAGCGCGAGGGCUCUCGAAUGUCUGGAUACGUUUCCAAGUAAAGUAGUCGAGUUAAAUGAAAUCAUUGAAGAAUAUAUGCCGGAAUCAGCGAAGAAUAACGUCAACGUAAACACUAAUGUAAUUUAUCCUCGAACGAGAUCAGUAUCAACGUUAUCAAGUAUAAGAGAUUGUAAGCCGAUAAUUAUCGAUUUCGAUGUUGCAACUUAUUAUUCUCUAUCGAUGUGCGAUCGUAAUCGCACGAAACAUAGAAUUUAUAAAAGAAAAUAUCAUAGAAUAUACGGUGGUAAUAACGCGACGAUACGUCGAUAUCCUGGUGCCCUUGGCCAACUAUUGGCAUUUAUCAUAAGUCGACUAGCUUCCUGUACAAAAAAAAUCGUAUUCACGCCGUCCUAUUUCGUAAUCGACAAUAUCAUUCCAAUGUUUUUCCAAAAAUCAGAGUUACAAAACGCACAAUGUGGUACAUCCUCCAACUGGAGCUCCUCCGUUCUAGAUUAUACGUCUAGCAUCAAACAAGUUGACACAAUCGUUGAUACUUUUAUCAGCAUCAUGCGACCAGCCGCUGUUCAAUUAAUCGCAGAUAUCACGAUACUUAAACGUUGGCUGCAGGCCCUUGUCCUAAUCAAAAAUUCGCUCGAAUCGAUCGAAUUGACGAAUGCGACUCGUACCACCGAAACCAUCGAUUGCUGGGCUUACGAGCUCUACUUUCAUCUCAAAAAUCUUCAAGUGAGUAUGCGCAACAAUCAAAUGAGGGAGGAAAAGAAAGCAACUCCAAAGGAUUCGAUGGAUCGUAACGGUAUGACACACUUAAAUCUGUGGCAUCGCAUGGUCCAACUUCGUAAUAAUUAUAUUAUCCUCUACGAAACAUUGAAUAACAAUCAAAACAUCUUGAAUCUCGCGUCUAUGGAAGUUUCUUGA